AAACAGCAUUCACUCCAAUUGCAAUUGCGAGGGCAUUCACCAUGACGAAGAAAGGCAACUAUGCGUUCAUUACGUUUUUGACGUCCACGUCGUACUUACCGGGCGCCCUUCUUCUCCACCACUCAAUCAAAAAACACUCGUCGUACCCCCUCCUCGUCGCACUAACCCCAAACCUCGCCGACACACCGACCCACCACGCUCUCACCACCGCUGGCAUAGAAGUCCGCAUUAUUCCCUUUUUGCGUCCACCGCAGAAAGUAAGCGUUGUGGCAGAGAGAUUCGAGGAUACGUGGACAAAGUUGCGGGUGUUUGAGUUUGAGGAGUUUGAGAGGGUUGCGUUGAUUGAUGGAGACAUGAUGUUGAUGAGGAAUAUGGAUGAGGUGUUUGAGGUGUUGGAUGGGAAGGAGGGGGGAGGGUGGAUUGCGGCGAAUCAUGCUUGUGUUUGUAAUUUGGAUUUGUCGAGUUGGGCGCCGGAGGAUUGGACGAAGGAGAAUUGCGCAUACACGCCGUUAUCGCAUCCCGACGCUCUCACCAACCCAACACCCGUCACACCCACCUCACGCCGUUCCCAUACCCUCCUCAACUCCGGCCUCGUCAUCCUAACUCCCUCAAAAUCCACAGCAGCAGCAAUGUACACCUACCUCUCCACCUCCCCCCUCAUUCAAACCUUCUCCUUCCCCGACCAAGACUUCCUCGCAGCCUACUUCCACAACCACUGGCUUCCCCUCGGCUGGCAAUACAACGCGAUCAAGACGGCGCGGUAUUGGCAUGUGAAUAUUUGGAGGGAUGAGGAGGUGAAGAAUUUGCAUUAUAUUUGUGAUAAGCCGUGGAAGCGGAGGGGGGUGGUUGUGAGGGAAGGGCCGGGGAUGGGGGAUGAUUCGGAGACGCAUGGGUGGUGGUGGAGGGAGUGGGAUGCGAUGGUUGGGGGGUGGAGGGAGAGGGGUGUUAUGGGGGAAGAGGCGUUAGGUUUUGUGGAGGGGUUGGUUGAUGUGGAAGGGAAGACGAAGCUUAAGGAGAACACGAGAGAGGCCGAGGGGGGAGAAGUUGUUGCGGAGAGGGAGGUCAUGGCGUAAACUUCAGCUGUGCUUGAUAUCGUGGAGGACCCGAAGGUGACGGAGGGGGGAGUUCGGGCGCCAAGACUUUUGUUCGUGUUCAAGGGUUUGAUAGCAUAGGUAGAUGUCGUAGAUUGUGAAUACACCGACCGUAUUUGCUCUGUUGUUGCCGAC